GAAAAUUAUUUAGUCGCACUCCGCUGCGAUAUCCAACCCGCUGCGAAGAAUAUGAUCGUCCGCUCUGUUUGAAUUCAUACCUUUGGCUUCCACUGCUUCUCAAAAGUGCGGAUUCUUCUCACGCAAUAGCUAUGUCGAAAACUACCAAUCGUCCUGAUGAGUGGAAGAUUGAGCAAGGUCUGAAAGGGGCCGUCCUGCCGGUCCUUGACAUGACCGGCUCAGAGACGAAGGAAUUGGCCCCGCAAGUCUUCGGAGAGUUGACCAAGGACAAAGAAGCGAUCGCUGCGGUGGGGGAUCGCGACAAGCUCUUUACUCGGGAGAGGAAAGGCUGGGUUGGGUUCGUGGAAUGGGAAAAUUACCCCGAAAAAAAGGCAGCAGCUCACAAGAUCCUGACUUCCCAAACCUUCCCACCAAACCCUGAGUUCCAGCUCGGUCCCAUCCCAGAUACCAACCCAGUGCUCCCGGGAACGCACUGGAAGAUGUGGCAUCACGCGGUUGGAGGCGAACUCACCAAGAUUCCGGACGACUCUUGGGAUCUGGUUCUGAAAGAGAAGCACCCUGACAUGCUCCACCUCCUGCAGUUUCCAUACAAUGGAGAACCACCUAAGCGCCUCGUGACCGCCAAAGAGGUAACACCAAAUCCGCUACACUUCGUGCGAAACCAUGGCGGCAUUCCGAUCAUUGACAAAGAAGACUACAGCUUCACCAUGGACGGUCUUGUCAAGGAGCCGCGCUCGUUCACCUUGGAUGACCUCAUGGAUGAGGCCAAGUUCCCUCGCGUGGAGAAGACGGUGACCAUCCAGUGCUCUGGCACACGUCGUAUCGAGCAGAUUUUGAAGUACCCUGGACAAGGCGAUGAGGUUCCGCAGGCUCCAUGGGCCGAAGGUGCAAUUGGAACCGCUACCUACGUCGGCAUAAGUCUGAAGAAAGUAAUCAAAGCCUGCGGAGGGUUGGUCGAUGGAGCCAAGCACCUUGAGUUCUACGGCGCUGACACCUACUUUAAGGACGACGAAGUGAUGAACUACCUCGUCAGUGUGCCAUGGUCCAAGGUCAAAGCGAAUGAGGUGCUCUUGGCUUGGGAAAUGAAUGGAGAGGUCCUGCCUCGCAUCCAUGGUUACCCCUUACGUCUCGUGGUGAUGGGUUACAUUGGGGCCCGAAGUGUCAAAUGGCUAUAUCGCAUCAAAGCUAUCAAGAACCCCACCCGUGCACCUGUCCAAAGCAAGGAGUAUUUAUACUUUCCGCAGCAAGUCGGAAAGCACAAUCUCAAGAUGACAGAUGGUAUUCAGAUUCAGGAGAUGCCGGUGAGCUCGGCCAUCAUGUCCCCCUGGACGAAGCAGGUCGUCAUUCACAACGGCAAGAUUCGCUGCAAGGGUUGGGCUUAUUCCGGUGGCGGACGCUGGCCGGAGCGCAUCGAGCUCUCGAAUGACGGUGGUUUCAACUGGUACACGGUACCACCAGAAAACAUGUCCAAGAAGCGCAAGUGGACUUGGCGCACCUACGAGUUCGACCUUCCAUGCGACGUUGAGGGCUGGGUCGAGAUUGUGUGCCGCUGCUGGGACAAUGCCCUGAAUACCCAGCCUCCUGAUGUCCGAACUGCCUGGAACUGGGGUCUGCACGUUACCAGCUCGUGCCACCGCAUCUCGGUGUACAGCGUGAACAAGACUAAGCCGUUGACCAAGGCACGGCUCGAUGAGUUCGAAAAGGCCGAUAUUCCGUUCGGUCCGAUUACGGUACCUCUUCAAUUCCCAAGUCAAACUUGGGACGAGUACGAGAAGUACUGGCAGGAACACGACCCUCGUGAUGCUGCUGAUGAGAUCUGAACGAACUGGUAGGCGGGGGGUGGGCUUCGUUUGAAGCCUGCUCUCAAGCAUGGUGGAAUCAAACAAAGGUAUAAUGGGGAAAAAAUCGUGAAAAAGAAAAGCACAAAACUGGAGCCUUGACCCAAUAUGGUAUCAAUGUAGGUCUCGUUACUGUGUUACUGUAAGUUCGUUUGAGUUGCAAAUAUUCACACGCUCCCUCUAAUGUCGCUGUAAGUCAGUAGUUUGACAUGGACACUGUAUCAAUCCAGCCCACGUCAAGUCAAAUACUGCUUGCUGUACGCUUCGAUUUUUUCUUGAAGAUCAACGCUCUUUUUCUAUCUAUACCAAGACAUAGCCACGAUCCUAAUCUGACACUCAUUUCGUGC